GCCAUGUGCUAUUAUAACGCAGUACCAGUGAGGAACACACCUCACUCCAAUCUCUUUUCUCAUCACUAGUCAGUAGUCCACUGUACCUGGUGGUAGACGCUCGUUGUGAAUGUUGGUGUUAGAUAUUUAGUUAUUAUUUAUUUUAUGUAAAUGUCAAACAAAACGGCUGUGAUUUUCAUUGAGCAUGGUAAUAAAAAUUAUUUUCCAAGAUAUUAAUUCUCUGACUCUUUCAAAUAGUAGAAUUUAACAUCAAAAUAUACAUGGAGUCAAAUGAAAAAACCAAUUUAAUAACUAGUAAUCUGUACACAAAUUACUCGAAUAAACCACACCAUUUGCAUUAUACAAGCACAAUAAGCAGAGUGUUAUGGCUGGCAUUGGUAGUAACAAUGCCGUGUUUGGCGCCGGGCAUGAGUUUUGGAUAUUCUGCUAUCGUAUUGGAUCAAUUGCAAUUAACAGUUGACGAACAAUCUUGGUUUGCUAGUCUACCGUCCACGAUGAUGCCGAUCGGUUGCCUGUUGAGCGGGCCGCUGAUCGACAAGCUCGGCCGGAAGACGGCGCUGAUGGUGACCAACCUGCCGUCCUGCCUGGGCUGGCUGCUGUUGUCCAGGCAACCGGCCGGCCUGUACGUGCUGUACGUGGGCCAGCUGCUGGUCGGCCUGUCGGUGGGCCUGUCCACGACCCCGGCCACGGUGUACGCGGCCGAGUGCAUCACGGUCAACUACACGGGGCUGCGCGGGUGCUUCACCAUAAUGACGUCCAUCAUGCUCAACUUCGGCAUGUUCCUCACCUACCUGCUGGGCGCCCUGAUGCCCGCGUACGUGGUCGCUUACGUGGCGGCGUUCGUGUCGUUCGCCGCGUUCAUAUUCAUCGGCACGCUCAUACCCGAGAGCCCGCCCUGGCUGUUCGGACAGGGCCGCCGCGUGGACGCCGAGUUCUCGCAGCGGGUGUUGCGCAUCGCCCAGCCCAUACUGCAGACGCGCCGGGCCCAGUCGCUGGACGGCGACUCGGCGGCCGCGGUGCGCCUGCGGUCCCGGAUCGUGGACCGGCUGGCCGAGCCGGACGUGUACAAGCCGAUGGCGAUCAUGACCACGUUCCUGUUCUUCCAGCAGGCGUGCGGUUCGUUCGUGCUGACCGCGUACAUGAUCCAGCUGCUCGGCGGCCUCGGCGUCACCGUCGACGCUUACCUGGUGACGCUGCUCGCCGGGUUCACCAACCUGGCGGCCAUGGUCCUGCUGUCCGUGUUGCUCACCCGGUUCGGUUUCAAGCAGCUGUCGUACGUGUCGUGCGCCGGUUACGCCGCGUCCAUGGUCCUGCUGGCCGCGUUCCUGCUGUGCUACGGCGGCGGCGACUCGGUGGUCAUAAACGCCGUGGUCAUCAGUUGCGUGCUGCUCAACAUGGCCAUGAACGGUCUGGGACUGCGGCCCAUACCGUACGCCAUGCUCGGCGAGCUGUUCCCCACCGACGUGGCCGGCGUCGCGGGUUCCGUCGUCGCGUGCAUGUCGUCCGUGUUCAACUUCGUGGCCAUCAAGUCGUACCCGUACCUGCGCAUAUGGCUGGGCCCGGGCGUGUUUGCGGUGUACGGGGCCCUGGCGCUGCUCACGCUCGUGUUCGUCGCGACCAUCGUGCCGGACACCCGGGGCAAGACCAUCAAGCAGAUCGGCGACGAUUUCCUGCGGAAGAAGUCCACUGCAGACGGCGGCGUCGAUGGCGUUUACCGGAAGAAGAGCUGUACCGCGGACGAAGUCUUUUGAGCGCGGCGCGCGCGCACGAUCGGUUUUAUCUUUAUAAUAAUAUUUUGAUUUUCUAGGAUCUCAUUUUUCAAUAUAUCGUUAUAAAUAUAAUAUUA